GAUAGUCAUCGACGUUUCACCUGCAAGUAUAGAAUGGCCGACGCCGCUGCACCAGCACCUGCAAAGAAGGCUACCAAAGCCAAGCCAAAGGCCCCAGCCAGCCACCCGCCAGUGGCCGAAAUGGUCAACGCUGCCAUAGGUACACUGAAAGAACGUGGGGGCUCUUCUCUCCAAGCCAUCAAGAAGUACAUAGCCGGUAACUACAAGGUGGAUAUGGUAAGAGUCUCCCCCUUCAUCAAGAAGUACCUGAAGAGCGCCGUCACUGAUGGUAAACUUCUACAGACCAAGGGAAAGGGAGCAGCCGGUUCUUUUAAACUCGGCGCAGCAGCUAAGAAGCCAGCAGCCCCCAAGGUGAAGAAACCCAAGGCAGUUAAAAAGCCCAAGGCGGAAAAGCCAAAGAAGGUAAAGAAAGUCAAGACACCAAAGAAGGCCGCAAAGAAACCAGCAGGAGAAAAAAAGGCAGCUAAGCCCAAGAAAGCGAAAUCCCCCAAGAAAGCCGCCAAGACUGCCAAGCCCAAAACCGUCAAGAAAGUGAAGACCCCGAAGAAAGCAGCUAAGCCUAAAGUAAAGAAGACCCCUAAGAAGGCCGCCAAGAAGUAAACCCGAUGUUUCUGACGCAUCAA